AUUCGUAUGCGUUCUUCGUCGAUUACACCGUACUAUAUACUAUAGGCUAUAGAGGAGAACGAUGGAUGAAAUUCAACGCGAAAUCGAUCGUUUCUAUAGUAUAGUAUAGUAUCGUGGUUAUAAAGUUAGCGUGCAUUUGCAACAAAGGCGUAAUAUACUUUCCUAUCGCGUUCCUUCGUCGCGAAUCCCCAUUCUCCUCGAAUCUCUACAAGAAUAUAAACGAGAAAAAUUUCAAAAAGUAACAUAAUUGAUCUGCGAUUAAAUCGAAUGACGCAAAAUUAGAGACGACGACGACGACGACGACGACGACAACGACGACGACAACGACGACAACGACGACAACGUUGAUGUUACUGGCAAAAGAAAACGAAGGAAAAACUCGACUCUAUUUUUACGCUUUUUCUAUGUAAUUGUCAAACAUGUGGAUCGAACGAACGGGGUGACAAAAAAAGAACACAGAUCGCUUUGUGCUCGGGAGGAGAGAGAGAGAGAGAGAGAGAGAGAGAGAGAGGGGGGAGAAGACCGUUGUUUAAGUUCCAAGAUAAAAAAGAUGAAUAGUAUGAGAAUUGCUAGUGACAUCCCGUGGUAACCAAAAGGAUCUUUCUACGAACGAUCAUUGAGACGCAUCAUUCGUACUUAUACACAUAGAUAAUACAUAAAUAUGAUAGGGGAAGUUGUAUAAUGCGUUAAAAAACAUACACGUCGUCGUGGUCGUUGUUGUCGUCGUCGUCGUCAUCGUCGACGAAACAUGUCGCUUGAAAAGACGAUAUAGAUAUAAUCGUAUUCCGACGAUCUUAGGAAAAGCAAAUUCGUCAUCGUUUCGCGAGCGCAAAGCACGAAGUCACCCCAAUGCCUUUCAUUGGGCGCCGCAUCAUCGUGCGUCGUCGCGUCGUCUUUUAAUAGUUCUCCCUGUGACCGGUUUUCCCGUCGUACCGAGACACUCGUUUUACCUCGAAGACGCGCCCUCGUUCGACCUUGAAAUUCUUCUAUAUCGGCACGUAAGCGUUCGAUGUUCGAAACAUCCUCGAUCCUCAGGAUAUCCUCUUCCUUUUGUGCACUAUCACGAGCAGUCGUUCUUUUUCCCUCUUCAAUUCGAAGUAUCCUUAACGAGAAGCAGCUCCGUGAAAUGGCGAAAAAGACGUACGACCUGUUGUUCAAGUUACUCCUCAUCGGUGAUUCCGGAGUCGGCAAGACUUGUAUACUCUUCAGAUUUUCCGAUGACGCUUUCUCUACGACCUUCAUAUCUACCAUAGGUAUUGAUUUCAAAAUCAAGACCGUCGAGUUGAAAGGGAAAAAGAUCAAAUUACAGAUAUGGGAUACCGCUGGCCAAGAAAGAUUUCAUACUAUCACGACGUCCUAUUACAGAGGUGCCAUGGGUAUAAUGCUUGUUUAUGACAUAACAAAUGAAAAAACAUUUGAGAAUAUAGUUAAAUGGUUAAGAAAUAUCGAUGAGCAUGCAAAUGAAGAUGUAGAAAAAAUGAUACUUGGUAACAAAAGUGAUAUGGAAGAUAAACGUGUUGUUAGUACUGAGAAAGGGGAAGCAAUAGCAAGAGAGCAUGGUAUUAGAUUUAUGGAAACAUCAGCGAAAGCUAACAUUAAUAUUGAUCGGGCAUUCAGUGAAUUAGCAGAAGCAAUUUUGGAAAAAAUUCAGGGAAAAGAACCGCAGGAUGCUCCGGAUAGAGUAACUGUCGAUAGAAGGGUGGAGAGAAGUUCCAAUCGGUGCUGCUAAUUUUAUAUUAUUUAUUUAAUGGCGCAUAAUAAACUAUCUAUAUCUAUCUAUCUCUAUACAUAUACAUAUAUAUAUAUAUAUAUAUACAUGUAUAUAUAUGUAUGUAUAUAUAUAUAUAUACACACACACAAACACACACACAGACAUACACAUAAAUAUAUAUAUAUAUAAACGCGUGCCACUUGAAAUAGAUUUGUGGAUAGAUAUAGAACAUAAUUUAAAAUAUAAUAGCAUAAUUAAACUCUUUGUGACACUGCCUGAUCAAAACUGAUUCAGUUAAUUGGAUGUCAAUUGUGGUAAUAACAUUGAGUACAAUUUAAUGAAAGGUUGUCUACAAAUUAUCCAACUUUAUUUUUCAAUGUAAAAUUCUUUCAUUAUAAUCCACAGGCUUCGGAGAAUGAACUGUAAAUGCUAUUUUAUGCAUACAUAAAUAUAUUUGUAAGUGUGUCUAAUGCACGUAUACAGACUGAACCACCGUUGAUGAAGAAAGCUAAUAUAAAAUAUCUAUAAAUAUUAGCUUUAUCGAUAAGGCUUCAUUUUUUCAUACGAAAAUAUGCAUUAGUGGUCGAACAAAGUUAUAUCAUAUCGUUUGUUACAAAGCAAAAAUUUGUUACCAUAAGAAGCAUGAGAAUGAAUGCUAACAUUUUAAACAUUUUUAUCUAUUAUCUAUGUAAACUUUAAUGCUUUUUCAUAUGAAUGUUGCACAUCAUAUGGCUUCUUUACAAUUAAGUUCCAAUUGGAUCCUUUUUAAGUUUAAAUUAAACCAAAAGCUUUUAUCCUAUUUGUGUAAGAAUAAUUUACUAUAAAUAUAAAUAUUCAAGAUUUCGAAA